UCGAGGGACCGUGGGUCCUUUAUUUAUGACGUCACGAGUGAUUUGGAAGAUGGAAUUGGAAGUUGAACGUCCCUCGCUUGAAUUCCAAGUUACGGGGGAACGAUCUGAUUUUUAAAAGUUGAGUGCGUUUACUAAGACCACAAAUGGAACGAAGUGUACAUAUAUAAAGUUUAACGUCCGCCCUCGGGUCAGAAGAAAGCAUCCCCCACCGCCGUGAUGCCACAGAAGGGCCAGAAGAGCGCCCAGACCACCCAUUACAUCGAGCUGGGGGGCUACCAGUACUGGCCAGUGCUGGUGCCCCGUGGGAUCCGCCUGUACACCUACGAGCAGAUCCCGGGGUACCUGCGCAACAACCCCUACAUCACGGAUGGAUACAGGGCAUACCUGCCCUCCAGGCUCUGCAUCAAAAGUCUGUUCAUCCUGUCCAAUGAGACGGUCAACAUCUGGACUCACCUGGUGGGCUUCCUGCUUUUCUUUUUCCUGGCCGUGUACCACAUGGCGCAAGUUCUGCCCCAGCUGGGAGCAUCACGCGAGGAUUAUGUCAUCUACUCAGUUGGACUUUUCUGCUUCCAGCUAUGUCUGCUUUGCUCUGCGGGCUACCACGUGUUCUGCUGCCACCGCUCGGAGAAGACGAGUCGGCGCUGGAUGGCGCUGGACUAUGCCGGUGUGUCGGUUGAUCUGGGCUGCUACGUGCCUGCAGUCUUCUACGCAUUCUACUGCAACAAUUACUGGCGUCAGGUCUACCUGGUGACAGUGUUGGCCAUGAUCCUGGCAGUGUUCCUGGCACACAUCCACCCCAACUACCUGAGCAAGCAGUGGCGCCGCCCUCGCUCACUAGCUUUCUGCGCGCUGGCAUCGUGCGGCUUGAUACCUGUUGUGCACUGGGUCUUUGAUGCUGGCGGAUUCUCCUCGGAACUCGUGCAAGCAUUUAUCCCCCGUGUGUUGGUUAUGUAUUUGAUGGCGGCAUUGGCGCUGCUCUUCUAUGUCUCAAAAGUGCCCGAACGAUAUUUCCCAGGCCAACUGAACUACGUGGGCUCGAGCCAUCAGCUGUGGCACGUGCUCCUGCUUCUCAUGUUCUACUGGUGGCACCAGUCGUCCUGUUUCAUCAUGGCCUACAGACACGGCCGGCCUUGCCCUGUGGACCUCGACGCCAACGUGCACUCCUAGCCAACUAUGUGACACUCUUUGUGAACAUCGUAAGAAUGUACAACAACACGACCCUACACGGUGUUGACUAUGACAAUAUUAAACAACAGGAGGUUGACUGAC